GAAGUAUAAGAAUGGAUGGUUAGAAUGUGGUUUUCCCAUGCGAACAACUGUCAACCUGAAACCUUGACCCCAUAUGUCGCUCUUGAUCCUAACAACCUCUGUCUCUGCCUCUCCCUGCAUGGUUUCCUUCUCAAUUACCAUCCAACAUUGAAAGCACUGCGGUCUGUGAAGGCCUGCCGUGAUCUCUCCUCCAACCGUGGGUUCAACAAUGGAACCUGAUGACAUUGUUAUCCUGAAAAGCAUGCCAAAUUUCACCUCACCAAAUUUCACUCAUGUUUGCUCCACCUUCUCCACGGUACAAUCUAUCGGUAUAUUUUACUUUAACAAUCCUCUCAAUUUCAUGCUCCCUGUUUUGUUGAUCCAAAUGUCCCUUGCCUCUGCUGCCAUUCUCGUUACCUUUCAUCUCCUCAGGCCUCUUGGUCAGCCCAUCAUGGUCGCUCAAAUCCUUGCUGGUAUAAUAGUAGGGCCAUCAUUUCUGUGCCGGAUUCCAGGGCUUUUGGAUUCCUUAUUUCCCAUGAGAAGUUUUGUAGUGAUGGAUGUAGUAUCUGCUAUAGGUUUCAUGUUUUACUUCUUCCUGAUUGGUGUACAGAUAGAUGUAUGGAUACUUAAGAGAAUAAACAGACAGAACUUUGCUAUCGGGUUUUUCACCGUGGCAGUGCCAAUGAUAUUAACCAUAGGCAGCUCCGUUAUCUGGGCGCAUUUUGUUGAUGCUGACGGGAAUGAGAUGGAUGCACUUGUCCCGAUAGCACAAGCAGAAUCGGUGCUCUCUUUUCCGGCGAUAGCAUACUAUCUUUCUGAGCUUAGGGUUAUAAACUCAGACUUUGGCAAGGUGGCAUUGUGCUCUUCCAUAGUUAGUUGGCUUUGCAGUUUUUGCGUGAUUACGUUCAAUGUUCUAUUUCGUCAAUCAGGGAAGGACAUGUUCCUCGUCUUUAAAACAAUUAGUUGCGCUUUGGGCUUUGCAGCUCUCAUCUUCUUCUUUCUUGGCCCUUUACUUCUAUGGCAGAUGAAGCGGAAUACGGCGGGACAACCUUUGAAACAGAGUAACUUGAUUGUGCUGUUUUUAGCUGUGGUUAUGGCAGGGUUUUGGGGUCAUUAUUUUGGUUUACACAUUUACUUUGGUCCCUUUUUGUUCGGAUUAAUGAUACCGUCGGGGCCGCCGCUUGGGUCAGCGCUAGUAGAGAAGCUUGAUCUCGUAACCUAUUGGAUAUGGUUGCCGCUGUAUUUUGUGAAAUUUGGCCUGGCGAUAGACAUCUUUGCAAUCAGUCUCAAAACUUACUCCACAGUGUUUUUCAUUGCCCUGUUGGGUGCAUGUGGAAAGUUCUUGGGAGCCUCUCUGUCUGCACUCAGCUGCCAGAUGCCACUUAGGGAUGCUGUCUCGCUUGGCUUUGUGAUGAACUUCCAAGGCAUUCUCGAGAUAGGGAUGUUCAAGUUAAUGAAGAAUGCAAAGAUAAUAGAUGCCGAGUCCUUCACGGCCAUGUGCACGGCAUCAUUGUUUAUAAUGGGAGUUAUUACACCAAUGGUGCGACACUACUGUGAUCCUUCAGAAAAAUACAGGGUUUACCAUGGUAGAACUGUGAUGCACUCAAGACCCAACUCUGAACUGAAAUUACUAGUCUGUAUUCAUGACCAAGAAAAUGUUCCAUCUGCCAUUAACCUCCUGGGGGCCUUGAAUCCCAGCAAGCAAAGUCCUAUUGCUGUUCACUUGCUUCACCUGAUUGAGCUUACCGGAAGUGCAACCCCCCUUCUCAUUCCCCAUAAGAUAACCAAAAGUUUCUCUUCUAGGUCAAGUGGCUCAGGACCUGUUAUCAAUGCCUUCAAACACUUCCAGGAAAUCCAAGGAGGUACCGUCUCAGUUAUCCCCUUCACUUCAAUAUCUCUUCCUCAAACGAUGCAUGAUGAUGUGUGUGCAAUUGCACUUGACAAAGGGACUUCGCUUGUUAUAAUUCCCUUCUACAAGAGAUUUCAUGUCAAUGGUGCUUCACAAUCGUCUAAACAGGCCAUCAAGAUCGCCACCCAGAAUGUCCUCACUAAGGCACCUUGCUCAGUUUCAAUACUUGUUGAUCGUGGCCCCCCCAAAACCCAGAGAGCUCUCUGGACAUCCUGGUCUUCCUACAAAGUUGCUGUCAUCUUCUUGGGUGGAGCUGAUGAUCGGGAGGCAUUAGCUUUGGGAGCUAGGAUGGCUGGCCAACCAAAUAUCAAUUUGUCACUGAUACGAAUCCUUUAUGAUGGAAACUUUCCCAAAAAUUACAUGGAGGAGAGUAGACUUGACAAUGAAAUUAUUAACGAGUUUAAAACCGAUAUCUCAGGGAAGUAUUCCGCCAUGUACAGAGAAGAAGUAGUGAUGGAGGGGGCAGGGACUGCUGCUGUCCUUCGCACUCUAGAGAAUCAGUACGAACUUGUAGUGGUAGGCAGGCGUAAUGAUGGUCUACCACCUCUUUUGUCAGGGUUAACAGAAUGGAUUGAAAACAAGGAGUUGGGUGUAAUCGGUGAUCUGUUGGCUUCUUCAGAUUUCUUGGGCAACACCUCAAUCUUGGUGGUUCAACAACACAUCGAUAGUAGUCACGGUGAUUGAAAUCAAAUAGAAAGUAUUUUGAACCCAAGUUUCCAUAGAUGAAGAAGCUGAGAGAGGCUGUUUCACAGAGAACCCUGCAAGGUCUUCAAGAAGUGAGAAUUGCACCUGUGAGACUCCCUAGCUUUAGUUUCAACUUC